AUGUCAUCAAGCGUCUUCUUGCACUUCUGCUGUUGUUUUGUUGUUUGGCCCCUCUCUUGGCCACUGUCCCUGGAGUUGGAGCGGUCUCGGGAGCUGGACCUGGAUCGGGAACUGGAUCGGGACUUGGAACGGGCCCCGUCUGGUGAUGCAGAGCCCUCACGGUCCGUGCUGAACCAGCGUCACUUGAGGAUUCCACGGCAGAAAUUACGUGUGCCACCUAACAAAUCUAGUGAUGAUUCUGACGCGCAAGACGUGCGGCAGUUGUUAAUGACCAUUAACGGAAAGCUUGACCAGCUGUUGCCACUCCGAGAGGUAGUUGAAGGCAUUGAAGACACUUUACAAUUUCUGAGCGAACAGUACGAUGAACUGCAACAACGAACGGAGCGAAAUGAAAAUGAGAUCAAGGAUCUAAAACGCAGAACCGAAAGAGUUGAGGGAAACGAGAGCGAUGUCAAUCAGCUUCACGCUGAAAUUGACCAACUUGAAUGGAGGAGCCGCCGCUUAAACCUGGAAUUUCAUGGGAUUCAACACUCUGAAAAAGAAAACCUGCUCGAAAAGCUAAACGACGUAGCCGUGCAGCUCGAACUUCCACAGCUCUCAGAAAAUGACGUUGUUUCAGUUCACCGGCUGCCGUCAAAGAAAGAAAAUAUACCGGGUAUAAUCUGUCGCUUCGCGAAACAAGCAGAUAGGGACCGCUGGUGGAAAAGCAGACAGAAGUUGCGUGAAUCGAAAGACGAUGUAUUCCUGCUUGAAAAUGUCACGAAAACGACCCGCGAUUUGCUCUUUCAGACAAAGAUAUGGGCGAAGCGAGCAAACUGCAAAUAUGUGUGGCACAGCAACGGCCGCGUUCUUGUCCGAAAAACCGACGGUGAACGCGCAGUAGCUGUUUCUACCGAGAGGCAUCUUGAUAAACUCGCUUAAAAACAGUUCUUGAUAACGAUGGCUUGUGCAAGGGGGGAGACUUGCAUAUUGCCACAAGUAUUCAGUCAGCAUUUAGGCAAAAAAUUUCAGCAAUCCUUUAAAUGCUUUCAUCUAAACAUCCGCUCAGUUUCUAAUAAGAAAAACGACCU